AUGGCCAGCACAUCAAAGAGUCGAUUCGCUCUUCCAAAGCAAUCUGGUCAGCCGGAAAUCUGGGUAACGCUGCCAGACGGGCAAGCAUCAGAAGAUUUACGCAAUUUCGUGCCGUUCCAAACCUGGCAGAAUCGGUUACAGAAAAGCAUCGAAAGCCAAAAUGACCCCAAGCAUGCUUUUCAUGAUGCGCCGUACUAUCUUCGGAGCAUCGAGAUCCAAUCGGUGGAUUAUUUUGGAGGGCAUCGCGUUGGAUUCAUGAAGCUCCGGGCGGAGGUAUCCAAUGACAAAGGAGAGAAACUUCCCGGCUCGAUAUUCCUUCGUGGUGGCAGUGUUGCCAUUCUACUGCUCCUUCAGCCAGACGAUGUCCCUCUACGGUCUGAAGAAGAGAAACAUGUUGUGCUCACAGUGCAAGCCCGAGUUCCUUCAGGAUCCUUCACAUUCGUGGAACUGCCAGCCGGAAUGAUCGACGAUGCGGGCUCAUUUGCUGGGGCAGCCGCCAAGGAGCUCGGAGAGGAGACAGGACUGGUGGUGUCAGAGACCGAGCUCAUCGAUCUCACCAAAUUGGUCAAUGGCUACGACGACAUACCAGACCAUGGGACGCUAGAGGAAGCCAUGUACCCAAGUCCUGGUGGGUGUGACGAGUUCAUCUCGAUCUUCCUUUGCGAGAAGCGCGUCGCCAGACACCAGCUGGAGGACUUCAAGGGCAAACUGACAGGUCAGAGAGACCACGGGGAAAAGAUCACGCUGAAGGUCAUUCCGUUAAAGGAUCUAUGGAAAGUGGGAGCAAGGGACGCGAAGGCCCUAUCAGCGCUGGCCCUCUACAACGGACUGAAACAGGAAGGCCGGCUCUGA